UAUGUACAACAAUGAUGAUCAGUGGACACCAAAACAGGAUGCAUCCAGUCACAUGGACAAUGACUACAUUGUCACGUCACAUUUUCACCACCGCCGCGGUGUCCAAGCGACAACGCUACUGUGCAUGCACAAAAUAAUCAGAAAAGAACUUGUACUGUUGGAUUUUGAAUGGCUAUUAUGUCGACUACUCUACCAAGAAUACCUAAACUGCAACCUGAUCUGGUGGCUGCAACUCCAGAUGAUGGUGCAUGGAAAUCAGCAACUGGUUUUAGGAAUAAAUAUUACUGCUUUAUGAAGGUCAAGGACCCACUCUAUUACAAUAGUCUGGCUGACAAGCAUACUACCAAGUAUGUCGAGAAACCUUCUGUUAAGAAACACCUCCACACAAUGGGUCUCACUUCUGUCGAUGGAACGGUCUAUCCCACAAGAGAAGAGCAGUUUGAAGCCAACCGAAUCAAUCGUCUCUAUGAGGAACGUCAAGAUAUGCUUUGCAAGCUCGUCAUGCGUGAGCAGUCCCAUCUUCGCCACCUUAGGAGAUCAGCGCGAGCCGGAGAACUGAUGUUCACCAAGAACGGUGUGUUUGAGACCAACCCCUGUGACGACUGUCAUAUUUAUCACAAGGUGACCUCUUAUCUACCCAACAAACCUCUAUGCCCAUCCUCCUCUCUGGGGAGAAGACAAAAGAAGGAACGAGAGGCCAAGCGUCUUCUCACCCGGAGACAAAGAAACUGUGUAUCCACCCGAACCUCCCGUUUGAAAAGUACCCAUGUUCACACCCAGACAAUGGACCGUGUUACCACCCAGACAGCCAAGAGAGAGCCUCCAAAUAGGUCGACUUACAUAUUUCGAGGGAAUAUUCCUAAGAUGGGUGUCGACACGUCUGAACCAGAUUUUUCUGUGAAUGAGUCUAGCUCUUGUAUGUCGCGAUACACAAGCAGCGACAUAUGGUCUGAGUCCUCAACUGACACACUCCUUCGUGAGAUGUCAUACUCUGAUCUCGACUUUGACUCUGGUCUAGAGCUCAUCCACCGUUUGUCAUUAGAAAACAGAGAACUUGACAACAAGCUUUGUGAACAAAUGCUCAGACUUGAGAAGGAUACACUCGAGGAGAUCUGGCAAAAGCUGACUGAAAAAUACACUAAGGAUUUCCAGGAUGUUGAAAGACUCAAGGCGGCUAAAGUAACAACAUGUGAAUUUAAUGAUCAAAAUAAAGUUGACAAUUGCAAAGUAGAAUACAACCGAGAACUGAAGCGCAAGACAUCACUGGAGGCCAUUCUCAAUGUUCUAGAUAAUGAGCAGAAUAAAGUGGAUGCUGCUAUGAUGAAGCAGAAAGCUGCUGAUAAGCUUAGAAAUGAGCGGUGCAAUAUGGAUGAGCUCGUUGCUGAGCAGAUCAAGCUCACAAUUAAGAGGGCGUUUGAAGAAGAGCUUGAAGAACAGAAAGGAGUGCUCAUUUCUACCAACAAUAAAGCCAGGGGGAAGGCAAAGAUGGAACUGGUUGGGAAGCAAGAUGAUGAUCAGAUCACAAGCUACAGACUGAUCAGCCAUGUUGUUCGGCAGGUACAUUCCUCGGGGGUGCUAUCAAGGCAGAGCAGACAUGAAUCUCCUCAGAUUGGUAGCAACAAUUUUGUUCUUAUGAGUCCAACUGAGAAAGAUGUCAUACAAACUGUUCAGACUCUGCAGCAAAUCAAAUCGGACAUGACCUGCAUGUUUCCUCAAAUCGAGAACAUUCUUAAGAAAAGAAUUCCAGGCGACUCUUCACUACAUACAAAUGUUCCAAACUGGAAAUCCCAAGUGCCUAUGGCAGUUCCCCAAGAAGAGCUGUGCUCCACUCACGAUGAAACUGAAAGCUCUUGCACAGCCCAAGCUUCCAAGUAUGAAUCAGCUAGUACUCUGGGAAUUCUGAGCACAAUAUGGUCAACAAUUCAAAAAGCCAAGGGUCCAUCCUCUGAUAAGGGUGGAACCUCCGAGCCUGGAUAUGCAUCUACUAAAAGCAACGAGGAGACAAAUGACGCUUUCACCAGCAACAGCAUCAGUGAAAAAAUUUCCUCUCUCAAUUCAGGAGAGGAAGAGUUCACACAGACCUCUAUUCCCAGAAUACCAACCCCUCCAGCUUAUUCCAGACCAGCAGGAUACACUGUAAGAGGAGUGAUCUCUUGUCAGUCAUCUUUGCGACAAAUCAAAGAAAAUUCAGCGUCUGACUUUAAUAAUGAGUUUGUCAGCCCCUUAGCUGUUCACUCUCAGGGAGUAUUUCCGUACCACUCACAGAGAACACAUCUUGGUAUCAAAAACAACAUGGAAAUAACUCCUGCGGAUCGAAAGCAGUUCUAUGAGGAGAGACUGAUACGUUCAAGAGAUGAACUGAUCAAGCAGGAUGAAAGGAUCAGAAAUAGUAUGGAAGAACUUGUCCCACCAAAGAGAACACUGUUAGAGUUCUAUACUGCAGAGGCCGAGGGCAACCCAAUGCCUGCUCCCACCCCAGAGGUGACUCCCAUGGUCAGUGAGACGUGUAUGCAAUUAGGGACAACAGCAUUAACUGAGGAAUCCAUUGGUAUCCCGAGAACAGAUGCUGAAAAACCUGAUGAGAAGAGUGACAAGCCACUCAUGGACAAGUACUUAGAUAAUGCCUCAACAUACACGUCCUCAGCAAAAUCUUUAACAUUAUCAAUAAUCAAUGCUUCAAUUGCCAAGCUCAACACAAAAGCCCAGAGUACAAGCCAGCCUGAAAUGCCCUCGGCUGAUACCAAAAUGGAGCCAGAAACAGUGGCCCUUUUGCACACAGAGGAAGCUAACGUUCCCAAAAUUGGCAGUGCUUCCUCCACCAUAAUUUUAUCCUCCAAAAAAGGAUCAAAAGCAUCGUUGAAUGAAACUUUGGGCACUGAGAAAGUCAGCAGCAUGCAGAAAACAGCCAGUUCUGCUCCCACCAAGAAAAGUUCAUGUUCAUCAGCAGCGUCUCUAAAAGAAACUAUGACUGCCAGCGUCCCAAAAACUGCCAUUGUUGCCUCCACCAAAUCAUCUACAAAAGCAUCGCUAAAUGAAACGGUGACCACUGAAAAGGUUAGCGUUCCAAGUGCUUCUAUAGUGCAAAAGAAGAAGUCCACAGCGAGCAUCGCACCACCAUCAGAAGUGUCUGUGGAGUCUUACAUGGAGCCACUCUCCUCCAAGAACAAGAAGACACUAAAAGAAGCUCCAGUAACUAUUAAAUCUCCAACUGAAAGCAUGAAAUCAUUGAGGCCACUCAGAUUAUCUCUUUCUUUGAAAUCCCUUUUAGAUCUACUGCCGUCUAAAUUGUUCUCUUCACAGUUUGCCAAAACGUCAAGGAGUGGUUCUAGAAGCAACAACGAUGUAACAAAAUAUUUGCUUUUGGGUUCAACGUCUUCGAUUCACUCAAGCUAGAACCCCAACUGAAUGUGCCUGAGUUUAGAUUUUGAACUAUGGGACUACUCUUUUGUAGCUAUGAUAUACAGUCUCUCUAAGUUAUUGUAACUGGAAGAAAAUUUAACAGUACUGUAG